UGACCCGAAGAAAGAAGUGAACCCUAGGCAGGAUUUCUGGUCUCUUCUUCUUCUUUCGUUCUUCCGCGUCUCCGCCCUCCCUACUCAAAGACAGGGAAAGCAACAGCAGCAGCAGCAGCGAUGCCGCCGAAGUUCGAUCCGACGCAGAUCGUGGAGGUGUACGUCCGGGUGACGGGCGGAGAAGUCGGGGCGGCGUCGUCUCUGGCGCCGAAGAUCGGGCCUCUGGGUUUGUCGCCGAAGAAGAUAGGAGAAGACAUCGCCAAGGAAACGGCCAAGGACUGGAAGGGCCUGCGCGUCACCGUGAAGCUCACUGUCCAGAACCGGCAGGCCAAGGUCUUCGUCGUUCCCAGCGCCGCCGCCCUCGUCAUCAAGGCACUGAAGGAGCCGGAGCGCGACCGGAAGAAGACAAAGAACAUCAAGCACAAUGGCAACAUCUCCUUGGACGAUGUCAUCGAGAUUGCCCGCGUUAUGAAGCCCAGGUCCAUGGCCAAGGACCUCGCCGGCACCGUCAAGGAGAUCCUUGGCACAUGCGUCUCCGUCGGCUGCACCGUCGAUGGCAAGGAUCCCAAGGACCUGCAAACGGAGAUCACGGACGGCGACGUGGAAAUACCGGAAGCCUGAGACAGCAAAGAGAGCGGCAGUGCAGCCCCUUCUUUCCCCUUUUGCCGCUGGGAAGUGAAAAUUAGAACUGGAAAAGAGAAAGUAGUUUCGUUUCCUCGGUUUCUAAUGUUUCUACUUGCUUGUCUGUUUGUUUAGCUUUAGGCAUUGAAAUAUUCCUCCUUUUCGGAUCUUCUGAAGGGAUUUUUGAUUCAUAGACGGAGAAGUGAACAGAACAAAACUCUUCGUUUUGCUUUUUCUUUCUUUUCCCUGAAUAACCUCCCCCUCCCUGGUUAGCGUAUGAGUAAUUGAAAAUGGUUAAUGUUAUCUGGUUAUUUAGGUGCUUC